UUACAUCAUUCAAAAUUGUGUGCAAUUCAUGUGUCAACGUGGUUUGUGAUCUCUUUAAAAAGAGUUUUUUUUUACUUUUCGUGCGUUACGCCAACAAUUAUUUUAGUGUUUAAUCCAGAAAGCAAAUUCUGUGUGCACUAAAGAACAUCACGCAUCACAAGCACAAUCAGAACAGCCAAUAUACAAUAGAUAAAAGUCUUGUGCUUUUGGUCUUGGACCACGGUGGUAGUGCUCACUUAUCCAUUCUGCACGAUGAGCGCUGGAGGCUUUGUCACCCUCGGUAGUCCGUUGAUCGACAUCAUUGCGGAAGUGGACAAGACCUUCUUGGACAGCUUCGGUCUGAAAGAAAACGACGCGAUUUCUCUGAGCGGGUGCAGGGGCGAAAUUUUCGAGCGCGUCGAAGAGCUGAAACCAAAGCGUCUGAUUGGCGGUUGCUCUAUAAAUACCGCUCGCGCACUGCAAUGGGUUCUGAAACGACCCAACUUCUGCACGGUCGUUGGAACCGUGGGGGAUGACGAUUACGGCAACGCAAUUUCUGCACAGCUACACGCCGAAACCAUCAGGCCCAUUUUGCAAAGGGUCCCAGAUGACCGAACAGGACGCUGUGUAGUGUUGCUAAAUGCGACCAACAGAUCUUUAUGUACCGAAUUGGGUGCGUCCAAAAGGUUCGACUUGGAAGAUUUGAUGAAGCGGGACGUGUGGGCUGCAGUGCGGGAAGCCUCAUAUUAUUACAUCCCGGGAUUUUUCCUGUGCGUGUCGAGGGAGUGUGUACUAACAGUGGCUAAGUACUCGGCGGGCCAUGCCAAAACGUUCGCGUUCAAUAUAAGCGCCCCAUUUAUCGCCAACCUCUACAGGGAUGACAUACUCGAACUGCUUCCACACGUCGAUAUUUUAUUCGGAAAUGAAGCUGAAAUACGCGCCUUGGCAGACGUUCUGGGGUACACCGGCAGUAAUUUGGGUGACAUUCUCUUGCAAGUCAACAAAUUGACAAAGGGAAUCGUUGUAGUCACCAGAGGUUCGGGAUCGGUUUUCACGGUUGAUGGUCUAAAUGUUAGCGAGCACUUGGUGGAGAAAUUGGAAGAAGGAAGGGUGAAGGAUACGAGCGCCGCUGGUGACUGCUUCGUUGGCGGGUUUUUGGCAGGAUUUAUUUUGAAAAGGCCGAUUUCCGAAUGCGUCGCAUCGGGCAGCGAUGUUGCUAGAAAUGUAAUACAAAGUAAUGGAUGUUGGUUUGUACCCAAUUUUCGAAUAAAUUAGUCUUUUGAUUAAUAC